CCCACCGCCUCCCCCCGCCAGCCGGACCCCACCCAGAGGCUAGUAGUCCGAUAUGGAGAAGGUGUUCACUCCGCUGGAAUGCUUGCUUCCUUCUGGUCACCUGAGGUUUUGCCUUUUGAUUCUUAACCAGCCUUUGGACAAAGACCAUCUUCAUCAUUUGUGGAGCAAAGCCCUGUUGAAAGCCUGCGCAGAUGGAGGGGCAAAUCGUUUACAUCAAAUCACCGACGGAAAGCAAGAGAGCUUCUUGCCUGAUUACAUCAGUGGAGACUUUGAUUCUAUUAGGCCCGAAGUCAUGGAGUAUUACAAGGUCAAGGGAUGUGAGUUAAUUGAGACUGCUGAUCAGAAUUUCACGGACUUCACUAAGUGUUUAAAAGUGCUCCUAGAGAAGAUAAAAGAAAAGGACCUGCAGGUUGAUAUGAUUGUGACAUUGGGCGGACUUGGAGGACGUUUUGACCAGAUUAUGGCUUCCGUGGAGACCCUCUUUCAUGCGACCAGCCUCACCUCAUUGCCUAUUGUAGUGAUCCAAGAAGACUCCCUCGUCUACCUGCUUCAGCCAGGGAAGCACAGACUGCAGGUUAACACCGGAUUGGAAGGGGAAUGGUGUGGCCUCAUUCCAGUUGGAUUUCCUUGCCGCGUCACUACCACGGGACUCAAGUGGAACCUCACUAACAGCGAGCUCAAGUUCGGAACGCUGGUCAGCACUUCGAACACCUACGACGGAUCUGACGACGUAACGGUGGAAACAGAUCAUCCACUCAUCUGGACCAUGGGCGUCCGGAAGUGACCGGCGGGAAGCCAACGGCUCCACGUUUGCCUUAUUGCCUCUGCCGGCGUCAGAAAGGGAACGUACUUGAUGUCGAUGACGUUUUUCACACGCAAGAAUCGAACUGGGGUGUGGCACGAUACUCCCAAAGGUUGAGGGUGAUGAAACUAAUCUUUAGAAAUCUGAGAGGAAAUUUUCAAGGGAGGGUUGAAAUGACUGUUUUUCAAAGACAAUCAGAGGGGGGAAAAAAAUCAAUGCACAAUGUGGUUAAGGAUUCUAUCAGUAGGUGGAUGUUAGCUUCAUUUAAGCAGCCGUAAAAGCCCACCCCGCUGCCCUGUCUUAACUCUAUGAAUGCUAUCACUGGACUUUCCCAUUUUUAUACGCCUUAAAGCCUUAGUGCGCAACUUGAAACUCCCAGCGAGCUCGUUUAGGGAGUAAUGAUGAUAAUGUUGGUAUUUGUUAAGUGCUUACUGAGUACCUCAGCUGACGUGAGAACUGCUCACCAGGUUUCCAUCUGAGUGAGCCAUCACCAACCACCACUACCUCCUUCUACCUCUCCAUCUCACCUCCUAGGUCGACUUGGGGAGACAGAAUUUUAAGUGGGCAUCAUCUCAUCGCUAUUUUACCCCGUUAAAAGUAGCUUCUGACACCCCCCCCCACCCCCCGUCAGAAAAGGAUCCCAGGCCCACCGUUUAACUACAGGAGCCAACAGUCUAUUAUUCAAGCCAGAGAGCAGAUAUCACACGCACCCGGGGUCAUCGCGAGCUUCCCGUCGUGCCUCAGUCACCGGCGCCCAGUGGUGCCAGUUAAAAAUCCGAUGACGAGUUGUCCGAAUCAGUUGGCACUUGGGCCAGAGGACCCAGCAGAGCGAGGGCGGGUCUCCCCGGUCUCGACCGACCAAGAGGCCACUAGGCAACGUGGAGUGGGUAAGGACUGAAAAAGAAAAAGUUAAAAAACGUAGGUUCGCAACACAUCCCUCUCCAGGGGGAUGAAUUCAAUGCCCACACCUUGCUGAACGGGCAGUUUGGUUACGGACGCUGGUCAUCACUCGCUCGCCGUUGGUGUCCUGGAGUUAAAUGGUUUCCCGCCACGUGACCGCCGUCGGUAUAAUAAAGCUCUGCAAUUAACUGUAAUAAAAACUGCUCCCAUUGGUUGUCACCAGGUCAUAAACACCUGAGUUGCAUCGCUGAAGAAAAGGCCUGCAUCCUAACAGGAGGCUGAGAUUUGCCUCUCUACUAAACAGAAGGAUGGCGGGCGGCAGCCAACGGAGCACCCGGGGCCGUCCCGAGGGGCUGCCCAAGUGUCCGGUGUCACUUCCGAACCAGUAUGUCAUUGCUGAAGUCUUGUCGUUAAUAACGGUUUUGAAUAAAUGUACUUUGACGUCUGUGCCAUUGACAGAUGGACCAGUUCAUAUGUGCUUUCCAAAUAAAAACUAUUUUUCUUCCUUG